UGUGUCUGCUGGAUCCCAGGACACAGAGGAUCCCCCCUGCCCACCAGCAGUACACUCCAGUCCCACUGCUGCUGAUGAAAACCAUCAAGAAGAGACAUCAGGGCAUGAGGAGCAAUCUGAAGACUUCCUGUGUGUGUGACCUGGAAUCUGGGGGGAUGAAGAGCUAGAAGACUGGAGGCAGCCUGUGGAACUUUGUUGGCAAGAUUCAGAAAGUGCAAUGGAUUCCUAGGGUGAAAUGGAAGGCUUCUGUCUCAGCUGAGAGGCUACAAACUCAGUCAGACUAGGACCAUUCCUAUUGGGGAUGGUGAAAAACCAGUGGAUUAUUAUUAUGGGUGCCAAUCACUCACACAAAACCCCAGUGUUUGACGAGAAUGAAGACGUUAAUUUUGACCAUUUCCAAAUAUUGCGAGCUAUUGGGAAAGGGAGUUUUGGAAAGGUAUGUAUUGUACAGAAGCGAGACUCCAAGAAGAUGUAUGCAAUGAAAUAUAUGAACAAGCAGAAGUGUGUAGAAAGAGAUGAAGUGAGGAAUGUCUUCAGAGAACUUCAGAUCAUGCAGUGCCUUGAACACCCAUUUCUGGUCAAUCUAUGGUAUUCUUUCCAAGAUGAAGAAGACAUGUUUAUGGUUGUAGAUCUGCUCCUGGGAGGAGAUCUCCGCUAUCACUUGCAGCAGAAUGUGCAUUUUAGUGAGGAGGCUGUGAAGCUUUAUAUAUGUGAAUUAUCCCUGGCCCUGGAUUACUUACAGAAGCACCACAUCAUUCACAGGGAUAUCAAGCCAGAUAACAUCCUGCUGGAUGAACAUGGACACGUGCACAUUACAGAUUUUAAUAUAGCUACCAUUGUCAAAGGAUCUGAGAAAGCUUCAUCCAUGGCCGGUACAAAGCCUUACAUGGCUCCAGAAGUUUUCCAAUCGUUCAUGGAGGUGGGGCCCGGAUACUCAUACCCAGUAGAUUGGUGGUCAUUAGGGAUUACAGCCUAUGAACUGCUCAGAGGUUGGAGGCCUUAUGAAAUUCAUUCGACUACUCCAAUAGAUGACAUUCUCAACAUGUUCAAGAUAGAAAGAGUGCGCUAUUCUUCCACAUGGUGUAAAAACAUGGUGGCGUUACUUAAGAAGCUUCUUAUGAAGGACCCAGAGUGCCGCUUUUCAUCAUUAGCUGACAUUCAGACUUCUCCGUACCUGGCUGACAUGAACUGGGAUGCAGUAUUGGAGAAAUCUAUUACGCCCAGCUUUGUUCCAAAUAAAGGAAGACUGAACUGUGACCCAACAUUUGAGUUAGAAGAGAUGAUCCUAGAAUCUAAACCCCUCCAUAAGAAGAAGAAGAGACUGGCUAAGUACAAGUCUAGGGAGGCAGCCAAAGAAAGUUGUCCACUGAACGGACAUCUGCAGCAAUGCUUGGACACCGUGAGAAAAGAAUUUAUCAUAUUCAACAGGGAGAAACUCAAACAUCAACCGGACAAGGUGGACAAGCUUCGGGCACAGAGAACAAAGCACACAGUCAGCCACACAUAAAAGCUCAAGAUGGACACACCCCAAAUAAUAACAUUUUGGUCCCCGACUGUACAAGAGGAUGCAGCAGCUUUUGGACCGGAUACAAAAUGGUGGACAUUACCGGAAACCUUUUUAUUUGCA